GUUGUGCAUCAUCACUUCUACCUUCACGGGUUGGCAUUUACGAAUACAUCUAUAAAGCUAUCAUGAGUAAUACCAUAGAACUCUAAAACAUAAAACCCUUCUUCCAAAACACUGAUCAUGGGUUCUAAGAUCUCAGCCAUGUUCUACAUCUUCUUGAUAUUCUUGUCCAGUUCGUCGUUACCUUUAGUCUUGAGUUGUAAUUGUAGCCCGCCUCACCAUCAACCUAGCCCACCAAAAACUCCAAGGCCAUACCCUCCGUCCGCCAAGCCACCGCAUCAUGGUGGAGGGCCUAAGGUGUCACCGCCUAAAACUAAACCACCGAAGACACAGCCGCCAAAGGUUUCACCGCCAAUUACUAGACCACCUAUCGUACGUCCUCCACCGAUUACUAGACCACCUAUUGUGAAGCCCCCUCCAGUUACCAGACCACCUAUCGUACACCCUCCACCGAUUACUAGACCGCCUAUUGCUAAUCCGCCAAUUGUGAUGCCCCCUCCAGUUAUAAUACCUCCGCCUAUCUUACCACCACCUAUAAUAAGCCCUCCGGUCAUAUCACCACCUGUGAUCACUCCUCCAGUGAUAGUCCCACCACCUUCUUCUUCGUACCCACCGUACACGCCUCCAGGUGGUGGUACGGGUGGUGGAGGAAGCGGUGGAGGUGGAGGAAAAGGAGGAGGUGGGAGUGGGGGAGGAGGUGGUGGAGGAGGAGGAGGAGGAGGGGGCGGCGUUAUGCCAACAUGUCCGAUAAACGCACUGAAGCUAGGGGCAUGUGUGGAUGUUCUUGGAGGAUUGGUGCAUAUUGGAUUAGGAAAUCCAGUGGAAAACAUGUGUUGCCCUGUGCUUAAAGGUUUGCUUGAAUUAGAAGCAGCUGUGUGUCUUUGCACUACCAUAAGGCUUAAGCUUCUUAACUUGAAUAUAUUUAUUCCUCUUGCUCUUCAAGCCUUGGUAACUUGUGGGAUGACCCCUCCACCUGGUUUUGUGUGUCCUCCUCUUCUCUAAAUCAAAAUGGUAAAAAAAAAAAAAAAAAAAACUAAUAAGGGUUGUAAUGUAGGGCAUUCUUGCCCUACUAGCUGGCUAGUACUAAAUCUCAUUGGUGAUGAUGAUGAUUUUAUCUUGUAAAUUGUUACUCGUAGUACUUUCGCGUAAUUAUGUAAUUUUAAAUUGCCAGUAGGGUACUAUGAAUCUAUCUAGCUUGUCUUA